GUUGCCUAAUUCAUAUUUACUCGGUUGGCAGUGUCCCGUAGGAUCGCGUUGCCGUGCGCAAGGCGCGUUCGUGUCUCGCACAGCGAGCGCUGGCCGGCGAGAGAGUCUCAUCCUUCAUCAGCGCCUCUGGACACGGUGAGGUCGGUUCACCCAGCUCAUCUCUGGCGACCGCACGGGGACCGCGGUUUAAAGGACCGACUCCACCGAGCCGCUUUUUUGUUUAAAACGGACAAAUCAACCCACCCAUCCAUCCGUCCACCCGUCCGUCCGUCUAUCCAUCACUGUGGAGCAUGGAGAGCGCACUAAACAGUUCGGAUAUUGUUUACCACGGCCAGUUCACCAACAUGGCCAUGCUGUACAACCACACACACUGUCGGAACUUUACCAGCGGCGGCGGCGGCAACAGCAGCACGAGCCUGGCGGAGACGCGAUGCGACCAAGAGCAGGCUGGCAGCCUGGACGGCGACGCCACGCCGGUUAUCAUAGCCAUCGUAAUCACCGCUCUCUACUCCAUAGUCAGCGCGGUGGGGCUGGUGGGCAACGUGCUCGUCAUGUAUGUCAUUAUCAGAUACACCAAAAUGAAGACGGCCACCAACAUCUACAUCUUCAACCUGGCCCUGGCCGAUGCCUUGACCACCAGCACACUGCCUUUUCAAAGCGUCAACUACCUGAUGGGGUCUUGGCCGUUCGGAGACGUGCUGUGCAAGAUGGUGUCCUCCAUCGACUAUUAUAACAUGUUCACCUCCAUCUUCACUCUCACCACCAUGAGUAUUGACCGCUACAUCGCUGUAUGCCACCCUGUCAAGGCACUAGACUUCAGAACCCCGCGCAACGCCAAGAUAGUCAAUAUCUGCAACUGGAUUCUCUCCUCGGCCAUGGGGCUGCCUGUAAUGUUCAUGGCCACCACCACCGUAAGCUACCACGGCUCCACCGGCAUGAUUGACUGCACGCUGUCAUUCCCCCGUCCAACUUGGUACUGGGAGACCCUGCUGAACAUCUGUGUUUUCAUCUUUGCCUUCGUCAUGCCAGUGGUCAUCAUCACUGUCUGCUAUGGACUCAUGAUCCUGCGACUCAAGAGUGUGCGCAUGCUGUCUGGUUCCAAGGAGAAGGACAGAAACCUGCGGCGGAUCACCCGCAUGGUCCUGGUGGUGGUGGCCGUCUUCGUUGUUUGCUGGACACCCAUCCACAUCUAUGUCAUCCUCAAGGCUAUGGUCAACAUCCCCAACUCACUGCUGCAGACGGUCACCUGGCACUUCUGCAUCGCGCUGGGCUACACCAACAGUAGUCUGAACCCGGUUCUCUACGCCUUCCUUGACGAGAACUUCAAGCGUUGUUUCCGUGAGUUCUGCACCACGAGUCCCUCCGUAUUGGAGCUGCAGAACUCGUCUCGCACUGGAGCAGCCGGCCGCAACCUCCCACUGCGUGACCACAACAGCACACACACAGGAGAGAGGAGCAAUCAACAGGUAUGACUAGCCUUGGAGGGGUCAUCUGUGGACUCGCACUAUUGUAGCAGUGCGGCCAAUGACGACCUCAACUCAGAAGUAACCCAGGUCACAACAG